AGUUUCAACUGCCGAAAUUAACGUCGGCACCAUGACUGAAACUUGACUUUCCAUGCUUUAUUUUCAGUCCAAAAUCACAUUAUUUUUUACAAAUCGCUGGAAGAUUGAAACAGAACCCGCCGGUAUCAUCGCCGGAAGUUGUGAAAGUCAUCUCCCUUACUAACUUCCGCUUUUAUGAAAGUUAAAUUUUAGUCACUGCUUUGUGUUCAACGUCGUAUUGAAAGUUCACUACUCACCUUAUAAUGAUUUUGGUACAUCACUAGCAUUUGAAUGAAACUUGAUUUUCCCCAUUCAGAAUGGCAAAACGUAACUACAGUGGUUCAUUUAGAGGAAGACCUCAGGGUAAUAGAUUCCAGUAUGGAGGACCAUAUCCACAACAAGAAGUGCUCAAUGCUAGACAUAGCUUUUCUAUGCAGUUCUAUAACAAUACUAAUCGGUCUAUUAGGAGUUUAAAAAUGAAAAUGAGCAAUAGCAUUAAUUUCUUUCACAGAGAGCAAAUAGAGUCGGUAAUUCCAGAAGCAUUUGGUGCAUUCCAGGCAGACUCAGAUCAUGAAGAGGAAAGCAGACCAAUAGAAGGAUGUGAAUCUGUUCAAAUGAAUGGAAGAAAGAUAGAUAUACACACAAUAAAGGAGGAAAACAUAGGUAAAGAGUCUGAAAAUAAGACAUUGAAUGUAUCAAACAAAAACAGUACAAUUUCUAACCUUAUAAAGUCACCUAGCAGUACAAGCUUAAAUUCUUCCAGUGAACCACCAGUUAAGAGACAGAGAUUAUCUAUUGACAGUGAAACAUCAAAUUCCAAUGAUAAUCAGCCUUUGUCUAAUGUUGACCCAAAUGGCAAUAUACAAAAUGGUUCAGUAACCAUUAAAGAAUCAGUAAGUUUUGUAGAGAAUGCGCCCAGCAGCUCUCAGAAUAACAACAUAUUCAAUGGUAGCUUUGGUGAUAUAAACAUUGUUAUAUCAAGUGAUGAUGAAGAAGUGGAAGAGGUAGAAUUGUCUGAUGAAGAGGAAAUCGACUUAUGUUUGAUGUGUGACCUUUGUUUACAUGUCAUCAGAGGUUGUGACAAAGUUAGCGAACAGCUUAUGAAAAGUCAUUUCAUUAAUGCACAACAUAAUGCUGCCAGUCUUAUAGAAGCCAAAAUAGAAAGCGAUAAAAUAAUUCCUAGGUAUGUUGAAGACAGACAUUGUAUGGCUAACAAUUCUAUAGAUACUAAUAUAAUACCACUAUGUCCUCAAUGUGAUAUGAUCCAUGGAAGCAUAUGGACUUGUGCUUUACAUUUUCAACAGAAACACGAUGAAAAUGAAAGUGGUGUUUAUGGUUUAGGCAAAGUUGUAAAAAGAAUGGUAGUCGAGGUGUCUCCAGUACACAUUUGCCCAACAUGCAAACAGGAAUUUCCAAGUGGUAGCAAAUUGCACAAACACUGGAAGACUAAAAAACACUUUCCAUUCGCAGAACCAACAAAGAAUCAGAUCACAGAGUUUCUAUGCAAAGAAUGUGGGAGGAAGGAGCAGUCUUUUAUAUUCAUGAGAGGACAUAUGCUUGGUGCACACACUAGUAAAUCUACUGGAAGAACAGCAUUAAUGCAGAUUUUAUAUAUAGAGAAAACAUCUAGGCUCUGUCUACUGCCAUCAAAGCCAAUGUCAGUAGGCAGACAACUUGCUGAGAAUAAACGAUUGUUUACACAAACUGUAAAAGGUAUGGGUAAAAAAAAGAAAAAACGAUUAAGGAAGGCAGUGUUGCCAUCUAAGGCAGAUGUUAUAUAUUACACGACAGGUGUAGAUGAGCACAAAGAUAGAUAUGAAAAAUUUAUCAGCAAUCACGUACAUUAUAACAGGUAUCACUAUACUGUACCACAAUCAUGAGGGCAACAUCUGUAAUUAGACAUCUCUGUAGAUACAUGUAAGAUAGACCAGUUUGGGGUUUUAUGGGUUGCUUUUAUGUUAAGUGUUCCCCUUAUAAACAUUCUUAAAUCUUAAUACAGAUGGGCAUUACUACCUGUUAUUGUAAGUGGUGCAUUAAUUUGACCAGUCAUUUAUAUUUGAUAAAUAUUUUAAAGUGUUUAAUGUUUAAAGAUAGUAUUAAAUAAAGGACAUUCCUUUCAUUUACCAAUAAAAAUAAUCUCUGAUUUUAAAGGUAUAUUGUAAUAAUAAGCAAAAAAUCACUUUAGCAAUUUCAAGGAUUCUUAUCUUACCUCCUUCAUGUCAAUAAUUGUGUUUUUUUUAAUUAACAAUCAUUU